AAAACCUUAGAUAAAAUUGGUGUAAUGGAAAUGGGCCUGUAGUCAGUAGGUGAAGUCUAUAGUGAGCCCUUGGGAAUUAGGGUAACAUUACCAAAGUUCCAGCACUUUGAACUAACUGCCCACACCCAAUUACAUCUGAGAAAUCUAAGACAGAAAUUCUAUGUUGGUCAAUUUGGGGACACAGAAUUCAGCCAAUCUCGGUGAUAAACACCUUUAAAAAUAAAGCAAGAUUUCUUAUCAUUCUCUUGAAUGGAAAUGUGCAAAGUCAUUAAACAAUCAAAAAUGCUCUCAUUGGAAUUGGGUCUUAUAUAAAGACAAAAUGUAGAAAUUAUUAAAAUGCCUACAGACUCACAGCCAUGUAUUUAUGACAACUGCAUUCAUACUUCAUAAAACAAAUAGUAUUAAAACCAACCCUAGAAUAUAAACAAAAACCUUAGGUUCGAGACAAAGAAUUCCUAUGUACCAACAAGGGUUUAUUAAACUUGGGUUAAAGCAAAUCUGAGGUAUGCCUCAUGAAACCAGAGUUUCAGCACAAGAAAUAGUGUCAAAUUUUGUUGAGAUAACUGCAAGUUUAUUCAAAUCCCUGUGAAGUCAACAAAUAUUACUAAAAAAUCAAGCCAUCACGUAUAUUGGUUGUAGAAAUCCGGCCAGUGAGAUGUUUCAUUGACACCCCUACAGGACCAUCUCGAACAGCAAAGUGGAUGACUUACAAGCACUGGAAAGAGCUGCGUUUAAUGCUGAAUGAGAUUGCUGAUCAGUAUGAGGAGCAAAGGGCCCUCCAGAAGGCCACAGAAGACAUAGAAUGUAAUAAAGGGAAAACAAAAGAAGGCACAUCAAUAAAGAUAGGGUACAUGUUCACCGCAUAUCGAAAGUGUUCUUGCGUAUAUUUGACACCUAGAGAUUCAAACACUUGGUCUGAUGAUGAGGAGGAGGAGGAUGGUGAUUUACGAGACAGAGGUGGAAGAUACCAAAACUUUUUACCUUGUGGUGAGAUGCUGGUAGUGAGUGUUGCUCUCCAAGAGAAUCAGCCCCUCAGUCAGCCCAAGGAGAGCCAAGAUAAGGAUGUAGAUUUGCAGAGCUUGAGUGGAUCCCAGGCAGAGGGAAGGACGUCUUUCAUGAGCCCAGCACGAACAGAUCGCCAGCUCCUGAGAGCCUUGGAUAGCUCUUUAGUCUUUACCAAUACCAUCUCCGACUAUUUUGAAAGCGGCCAGAAAAAAACAGUUUCACAAGUUUUGUCUGCACAGUCUGAAAGCACAUCAGAAGAAACUCUUAAAGACAAGCAGUCAGUGCUAAAAAAUAUGGCUAACAAGUCGAGAAUGAAACAUGGCAAGAGGAAAAUUGGAAGCUCAUCUACCAGCACUUAUUCCAGUACAGAAAAUGAAUUUACAAACAAGAGGCAAGUCACCAAAUCGAUUUUUGAUACAGAUAGCAAUUUUUCUAAUGACACAUCUCCACUAGGACAUGAUACUGCAAACUUUGACUAUAUAUUUACUGAAGAAUUUGCCCAAUGUGAAUAUCUCCCUGCUGUGGUGGAAAAUUCUGAUAAUAUCUUGAAAAUAAGCAAGGAAUUUGAGCAUUCUUUACACACAAAUAACUGUGCUGUGUAUUCAGGUAGCAACCUUUUGCAUAAAACUCAGGAUAAAUCAGUGUCAAACCUAAAGUCAUCUGUAUUUGCACAGAAUGAUCAUGGUAUUAAAGCAUCAACAGACAAAGCCAAAUCACCCUGUGGGAAUCUUACAAAAGAUAUUUCAUGUACUGGAGAUGAAAAGGAACCUUAUAGUCUUCAGUCUCCAGCUGGAAACACUAUGCAAACUUCAACUAACAAGUCUUGCAGCCCAGUCCUUAAACGGCGAUCAAAGAAUCACACAUUAUCAUAUUUUUUGCAGGUAUCUACAGAUCUAAGUGAAAGCAAGCACGAGGAUCUUUGCUUAAAAAGAAAUGUGGCCACAGAAAAAAGAAAAGAAACCUCUCCUAGUUACAUGGACAAGUGUGACACUUCAGAUUUGUUUUCACCUGACAGUAUCAUCACCCAAGAUGUUUCCUGUAAAAGUGCAGAAGAUUUUCAAAUAAUGGUGAAACCAGAGCAUAGAAAAAGGGACAGGAGGGCAAGAAAAUUAAAUGGACCAGAAACAGUGAAAGCAAAAAUGAAAUUGAAGGUAUUGUUUGGUGAUAGUGAAAUGCCACCUAGUGAAGUGGAGGACCAUAAUGAGAGAAAAGACUCUCCAGAAUCCAUAUGCAGUGUAGAUAGAGAAAGCAUAACAAAGCGUCUGAAACCAGGGGCUGUGGCAGAACAUCACAGGACUGAUGAUGCCAGCACAUUUCGAAGAAGUCAUAGGAUUAAACAGAACAAAGAUAAAGUUGCCUUGAUAGAAAAGAACAAAUACUGUGAUGAAAAUACCUCAGACUUAAAUACAUCUGAAUCCACUGGUACUGAUGCUCAGAGCCAGUCUUCUCAGGAAGCAGAUUCUCCACACUCAAAGCAGCAGCCAGAUAAUACCAUCCUUAACAUUAGUGAUGUGCUGAUUUCGAGCAGGAAAGUUAGAAAAAUAUGUUCCUCUGCCAAGACCAUAAAAGCAAUUGCAGAGUUGGACAGGAUAAGAAAAGACAUGGAGAAGUUAGACGAACUUCAUAAUGAUGAUGACCUCUUAAGCUCAUCCCAAAAUUCUUGUAAAGAUUUUGUAACAAAUAAACCAAAGAAAGGUAGGCUUUUAUGCAAAAAAACAGUUAAUAUUCUAGCUAAUCAGUCAAAACUAGAUAGCUGGAUUACUCCAAAAGAAAACAGUAACAAAGGUGAUAAACAAAGUGAAGAAGUAACUUCAAAAAUUAAAAGUAAGAAAAAUGAAGCAACUUUAGAAAUUAAGAACACAGGGAAAAGAGAAGAUAGAACCUCAAAAAUUAUAAAAAGUACAAAAAGUGAAGUUACUUCAAAAACAAAGAAUACAAAGAAAAGUAAGGAAAGAACUCAAGAAAACUCAGUUCAGAAAAGUAUAAAGAGACAGAGGACAGGCACUUCAAUGGUGACAGAUAGUAAAAAAAACAAAAAAGGACUGUUUGAAUUAUUUAGAACUAGAGAAAUUGCAAGUGAUGAUUCAGUUUCUUGGAAAGGCAGUAAUGUAAAUGAUAAUCAGACAAGUUCCUCAAGUGAUUAUGGUCACACCAGAGAAAAAAUGGGAAACACAGAUAACAGUGAUAUGGAAUUAAGUUCCUGUAGUUUAGAUAUUAACCAUACACUCCCAAGUUCACCAAACCUAGAAAUAUCUUUGGGUGAUACCUUCAGACUGGAGGCAGAUAAUCCUUGUGAUAGUUGUUCCUUGCCUGAUAUAGACCUUAAUAGAGAGUGUCAGUCUGAAAGUGAUGACGACUCUAGUGAAGCUCAGGAUAACCACCAAAGCCAAGACUUGACAAAAAGCCAUGACCAGAGGCUUUUUGCAGAUGAGGACAAUAGUGACGACUUAAAUCUGAGAUAUGAUCCUAGUUCACCAAACAGCCCCCAUGAAUCUUUCAACGAAGAUGAGGAACUGCCAAAUGGGGACAACAAUAAAGCCUCCAAGGAUGCUUCUUCCAUUUCGUCCCUUAUUGCCAUCCGCAACAGGCUCUCGGCCAUCUCCCUCGAAGACCUGGAACUUCGGAUGCAGGAUGUGUUGCCAUACCUCAAGAAAAUAAUGAAGGGUCGGGAGCCAAACAGGAGACAUGAGAUUUUUAGAGAAGGUGGAAGAGAGUUCAGAAAUAUGUCUGAUGAACUUAUAUAUGGGCCUUUCUCAGAAGAACAAAUAUUGCAUGCAAUUGAAUGCCUGGAGAGAGAAUUUUCUAAAAUAGUUGCAAAGGCUUGCGGGAAGCAUAAGGUAAACCAGUACCUUUGGAAAGUACUUGCCCCAACAUUUUUUAUCAGAAUUGUAAUGGAAAAUGAAAAGCUCACCAGUUCUGAGGCAGAAAAAACACUAGCUGAGAUUUCAUUAAACAAAACUAUAAAUAAUAAAGGUCACUGUAUUAUAUAGUCAUAUGUAAUCUUUUGUAAUUACAGGUAAUUGUAUUCUAUAACAUUUUAUGUAUACUUUGUAUAUGUGUAUCUCACUGGAUAGUGUGUUCAGUGUGAGUUUUCAUUCCUAAAACACAUAGGUUGCUUUAGUUUUAUAUAAACUUUUUGGGAUGUUUUUUCAUUCAUUUUAGGUUAUUUUUACAACAAUUUACUUUCUAAUACUGAUGAUUUCAGUGGAGCCUCUUAUCAUACUGAAUGUAUUAUAAACCUAGUGCUUUUUGUGCAUAUUGUACAAAAGUACCCAUUCUCCCAUUUCUCAAUAACAGGUUUAUUAAAAAUGAACAAAUGA